GAGGCGGGAAACAUCUUGGUGGGUGCGGGGUCGUGCAGUUCUCUCGGGCGGCUGGCGGAGAGGUUUCGAAAUGGCGGUGCAGCCGAAGGACACGCUGCAGCUGGAGAGCGCGGCCGAGGUCGGCUUUGUGCGCUUCUUCCAAGGCAUGCCGGAGAAGCCGACCACCACCGUGCGCCUUUUUGACCGGGGUGACUUCUACACCGCGCACCGGGAGGACGCGCUGCUGGCCGCCCGCGAAGUGUUCAAGACCCAGGGGGUGGUCAAGUACAUGGGGCCGGCAGGAGCAAAGACUCUGGAGAGUGUUGUGCUUAGUAAAAUGAAUUUUGAGUCUUUUGUAAAAGAUCUUCUUCUAGUUCGUCAGUACAGAGUUGAAGUUUAUAAGAACAGAGCUGGAAAUAAGGCCUCCAAGGAGAAUGAUUGGUAUUUGGCAUUUAAGGCCUCUCCAGGUAAUCUUUCUCAGUUUGAAGAUAUUCUCUUUGGUAACAACGAUGUGUCCGCUUCCAUUGGUGUUGUGGGUGUUAAAAUGUCUACAGUCGAUGGUCAAAGACAGGUCGGAGUUGGGUAUGUUGACUCCACACAGAGGAAGCUAGGACUGUGUGAGUUCCCCGAUAAUGAUCAGUUCUCCAAUCUGGAGGCUCUCCUGAUUCAGAUUGGACCAAAGGAGUGUGUUAUGCCAGGAGGGGAGACUGCUGGAGACGUGGGAAAACUGAGGCAGGUUAUUCAGAGAGGAGGAAUUUUGAUCACAGAAAGAAAAAGAGCUGACUUUUCCACAAAAGAUAUUUAUCAGGACCUCAACCGGUUGUUGAAAGGCAAAAAGGGAGAACAAAUGAAUAGUGCUGUGUUGCCAGAAAUGGAGAACCAGGUUGCAGUUUCAUCCUUGUCUGCAGUAAUCAAAUUUUUAGAACUCUUAUCAGAUGACUCAAACUUUGGACAGUUUGAACUGACUACUUUUGACUUCAGCCAGUACAUGAAAUUGGAUAUUGCAGCAGUGAGAGCCCUUAACCUUUUCCAGGGUUCUGUUGAAGAUACUUCUGGCUCUCAGUCUCUGGCUGCAUUGCUGAAUAAAUGCAAAACCCCUCAAGGACAAAGACUGGUUAACCAGUGGAUUAAGCAGCCUCUUAUGGACAAGAACAGAAUAGAAGAGAGAUUAAAUUUGGUAGAAGCUUUUGUAGAAGAUGCAGAAUUGAGGCAGAGUUUACAAGAAGAUUUACUUCGUCGAUUUCCAGAUCUUAACCGACUUGCCAAGAAAUUUCAAAGACAAGCAGCAAAUUUACAAGAUUGUUACCGACUCUAUCAGGGUAUAAAUCAACUCCCUAAUGUUAUUCAGGCUUUGGAAAAAUAUGAAGGAAAACAUCAGGCAUUGUUGCUGGCAGUUUUUGUGACUCCUCUUAUUGACCUUCGUUCUGACUUCUCCAAGUUUCAGGAAAUGAUAGAAACAACUUUAGAUAUGGAUCAGGUAUGCAGUAUACUCUUUAAAACAGGCACCAAAAUAAUUUUGAAAAGCAAAAGCACAUCAGAAAACGUCUCCAGAUUUCUCUUAUUAGUGUUGAAUUGUAGCACUUGCAGGGCACUUUUGAAACAGUGGAUGUAA